AAAAAAAAAAAAAAAAUCUUUUUUUAAAUUAAUUUCUUACUCCCUCAUUUACAUAAUGUCACUCAUGUUAGUGAGGUCGUUGCACUAUUAUAAACGAGAACCGAAUUAUAAAGGCUGGUGGACACAAAUUCUAAAGUCAAGCUGUGCACCCACACUCAAGAUUGAACAAGUGCCGACUCGAGUGCCUGUGGCCAUCCCCUUUGAACCCGUCCAACCGGAACCAACGUUGGUGCCUACCACCCAAACCGUUGUCUAUCUCAACAAGGAACCCAUUGAACUUCCCAUUAAGCCCGAAGCGCCCGACAAUUGUUGCAUGAGUGGUUGUGCUCACUGUGUGUGGGACAUGUAUGGUGAGGAUAUGGAAGAAUAUGCAGCAAAGAAAUCAGAAAUCAGAAACCGAUUCAAGUCACAAGGUGUGCCGCUUCCUCAAGAAUUAGACAGUGGAAAUGAUCAACCUGAUGAAAUGGAUCCCACCAUGAAGGCCUUUUUAGACAUGGAAAAAAAGCUCAAUUCCAUGUAACCUAAAAAAAAGUUCAUUUUUUUUUUAAUAGACUGUAAUCAUAUAGAAUUUAACGGAUAGUAGAAGCUAAAAGAAGGGGGGAGGGGAGGAGAAUGUAAAAUGACAUACAGCGUCAUUUACUAGUGUGUAUGUAAUUUUUUUUUUUUUUUUAUCACAGGCUUGAUUGCCAUGGAAAUCCCCCCUACCCCUUUUUCAUGCAAAAAAUAAAAAAAUAAAAAAUAAAACUGGAG